ACAGUAAACACAAUUCCAUAAACUUCCUGCUUACAAAAAUAACAACAGCUGUAUUGAAUUGUGUUUACUCGUCAUUGUAGUUUCAUUGAUUAAUAUAUAGAUCUAUAUAAUCUAUAUUAAUAUAGAUCUAUUGUUACUCAUUUGAAUUUAUAUCCUCUAGAUUCUACUUCUGACAAAGACAGAGUCUAACUCUAACUUAAGGACUUAAGCCAAGGUCUACUUUUAAUUUUACUGUGUGUUGACUCCACCUUUUUUUUUAUUUACUCUAAGUUAGUUAACUUAGUUAAGUUAUAAAAAAUGGGAGGAACUCAGAGUGUCUUUACAGAAGAUGAGCUAGAUGAUUAUCAGACUUUGACAUACUUGUCUAAAAAGGAGAUACUGCUCGUCCAUAAAAGGUUUAAGUCCUUAGACCCUGCAGUUGUUGAAGCAGAUAAAAAUGCUAAACUACCAAUAGAGAAGAUACGAGAGCUUCCAGAACUGAAGGUUAAUCCAUUUAAAGACCAAAUAUGUAAAGUUUUUUCAUCUUCUCCUGAUGGCAUGACCUUUGAAGAUUUUCUGGAUAUGAUGUCUGUCUUCAGUGAUGGAGCUCCCAAAAGUGUCAAAGUAGAAUACGCUUUUAGAGUAUAUGACUUUGAUGGAGAUGAUAUGAUAUCUGACAGUGACCUGAAACAAGUAAUUGAGAGCCUGAUAGGAUCUAAUCAUCUGACUGAAGAUGAGAUGCAACAGCUUAUAGACAGUAUUAUGGAGGAGGCUGACCUGGAUGAUGACAAAACCCUUUCAUUUGCUGAAUUUGAACAUGUUAUUUCCAAGGCGCCAGAUUUUGUUAACUCAUUUAGAAUCCGAAUGUGAUUAGAGUUGGACCUAAAUGUGCAUUUAAUCCAAAUAUUUAUUUGUAUACCUAAAAAUAGCAUUGGAAUUUCCAAUUUUAAGCAUUGCUUUAAGUACAUUCUCUAUUUAUAAUUGGCAGCUGGUUUACUACUUUGUUUAGACUGCCUUACCUUUAAUGUUUACAAAAAAAACAAAAAGCAUUGUCUUGCCAAUAUUGGUAUUUGUUUUGAUUUGUUUCACCUGUGAUUUCAAUCCACCACCUCUUCUCUAGAAGAGAAUCCAGAUCCGUGCUCUUAAUGUUAUUUAUUAUUGUUUGUUUCUGUGCCUUCAAAAUCUUGCAGACCAUUUUGUAUUCCUUUUGGAUUUUUAAGAUGAUCUGUGGAAUAUACUUAUACUAUCUUGUAAUUUGUAUUACUUGAUUGUAAAUAUUUAGUGUUCAUUUGCUAUUCUUCUGAAUGAUUUAUUUUCUUAUUUUUCAAAUUAUUAUUGGCUACUGGUGAAGUGACAACAUAAGUUUAUUAAAUUAUAAAAAUCCAAGUGUAUAAGUUUUCCAUAAAUAAAAAUGUAUGAAAAACAACGAAAAAUAGAUCAAGUACUUAUUCUAAAAACCUCACUGAUACCAAUACUUUAUUUUCUACACAUUAUUCUUGAUUGACCUUUAUUGAAUCAUGUAGAUCUAUAUUUAGAAAAUUAGGAAAUAAUAUUUUAGUUGCAAAAAGUUUUUGUGACUUUUAGUUUUUCUAAUUCAACCCAAAGUUUUCAUUUAUGAAUUAUUUUUUUAAAAUGUGAUAUUGUAAAAUAUUUUAGGAAAACAUUUUUAAAAAGAUUUUAAGUUCUACUAUGUAAAUUGUAAUAUUUGUUUGUUAGCUAUAAUCAAAUCUCCUAUCAUAAAUACAUUUAUUUUAUAACUACAUAUUUUCAGCAUUUAAAGUUUCAAUGUUUCAAUUUCAAAUUGUUUAUAUUUAUGCCAUGUCUUCAAAUUAUGAUUUUAACUUGACUGUAUAUUU